CCAAAAACUUUACGUUUGCUUUUUCUCCGUCCUAAAAACAAUUCAAUACCAUCAGAAAAUUUCCCCCUCUACUCAGAUGACAUGACUGAAAGGAAGCGCAAACGCACAAUCGUUUCUCUUUCUUCCUCGUCUUCCAGUGAAGAAGAAGAAGAAGAAGAAGAAGAAGUUGAAGACGAUGAUGAUGAUGAUGAUGAUGACGAUGAUGAUGACGGCGAUGAAGAAAUCAGCGAAGAUGAGCAUGAGGAGGAGAGUGAAUCGGAUAAUGUUGACGAGGAAAGUGAGGACGAUGAGGAUGACGGCGGCAUGGAGGAGGAGUCUCUCUGCAAUAGAGUAAUUCGUCUCCUCAAAGAAAAGAAAAAUUUAGAAGUUUUAAGUCUAAAAGAGUGCAAGGCAUAUCUUCGAAAGCAUGGCCUCAGGCGAGCUGGGACAAAAGCAGUUUGUGUGCAGAGAAUUAAGGAGCAUUGGAGGAUAAAAGAUGGACGUGGUGAAUCACUUUAUCCAAGAUCUUCCUUUGUUAUUAAUUGUACAGGUGAUGUCUGUAAGGGAGAUGUAGUUCUUUUCACCCAGAAAGUUUAUGAGAAGUUUGAUAAAGUGAGAAGACAGGGAAAUCUUCUUGGGAAUAGAACUGUAGCUGGCAGGGUUGUAAAGGAAAGCUAUGGUUCAGCCAAACAACAACAUACAUUUACUGUUGAAGUACUGUGGAGCAAGGGGAUUAAGAAAUUGCCUCCACUUUUUCCUUUGCUUGUGAAAGGUCGUAACCUCUACAGAUUAAAAACUUUCAGACAGCGGUGGAAUAAUGAAGUAGAAAGACAGAUAGUGCUUGAUGAGAAGCACAAACGAGGUAGGGCUGCAAGACUUGUGAGAGCAAUGAAGAAAUCAAAGAAAAAACUGUCAGCAAAUGGACGUUUGAAUGAAGGUGUUAAGUGUAAGAAAUGUUCCCAUCAUAUAGGAUCAUUUCAAACAAGACAGCAAGCUGAACCGUCAAAGGGCAAGCAUGCUUAUGGGCACAAAAGAGAUACAUUUCAGAAACGUGCCAAAUAUAAUAAUCAUCAUCAAGAGGUCCCACCAUCUAGACAACGGAACUCAAAGAGAAAUAUUAGCUCAGUUGUUCGUUCUAAGACUACUUGGAGGAAUCGGAAACAUGAGCACCUCAAUGUGGACAUUGACCCAGCUUUUCAUCCACAUACUUACAUUGGUGAAGCUCCCUGCCCAUCAAAAAAAGAAUAUCAUCAUGGAAGUAUACAAUUCCAGUUCUCUGGUCAUGACAUGGGCUCCACUUCGACUAUGACGAAGUUGCCUCCUUUGAGGCCUUGCACUGAUCCACAUGUGAUGACUACUUUCCAACAUCAGGGGCCUAACCAUACAAAUGGUAUCUACCAUGUCCAUUCAAAUCCUUGCUACAACCCAGGAAGGCGAAAUCUAAACCAUUAUCUGAGUUGAUAGAUGCUGGUAGGUCAUUUCAUCAAUUUUCUCGUGGAGUCGAGAAAUGUGGCCAGAGGACAGAACGUUUUCAAUCUUUUAGUCGUUGAUAAGUUGUGAGUCACAGACUGCAAUAUGGAAGCUGAUCAACCUACUUAAAAUGAUGCAAGACAGUGGAGAGAUGUGAUUGAAUGUUUUCAACUGGGUUCACUCUGGUUAGUAAAACUUCUGCUCUCUUUGAUGACAGUUUAAUCAAAUUCUUAAUAUGAAAUUACAGUAGUACAUCUUACCCACCUGUUAAUGUGUAGAGACUGAGGAUGAUAGAGAAUGUGAUUCAGUAAACUGCCUUUAAAGUUCAUGUUCUGGUGACUGAAUAUAUGAUGGUUUCAUGAGAUAUGGAUCGCCAAAAGCCAAACUAUAAUUGUUGAUGGAUUUUGCCGUCUUAGGCUGAAGCAAAUAUUCUUACACUCAUGUGCCUGGUGAAAUGAAGUUAAUGGGCCUUUUAGCUUCUGACCAAUUUUUAGUUAGUUUCGAAUUGAAUUAAAGAAUCGUAUUAAAGUUGAAAGUAAAUUGUUACUGGAAGAAUUAUAUCAAUACAUUUUAGUGUAAAUUACAAUGAAGUUUCUGUGUUUUAUUGA